GGGUUUCAGACAUCCAAUGACAAAAUGCGCGAUUUUGUCAGACUGCAAUGAGUUGUUAUGGCCCUGUUUGGACGAAAAUAAUGGUAGUCAGAUUCAAUGAACGCCGGGGACCCUUCAAUUUUGUGUUCGGAUGGUGAUCUAAUGGCUACGAAUGAUAACAGCCGAAUCUGGUCACAUGUACCCUCCUGACUGGUACUAACGUUUCAAUGCUGCAUUUUAAGGUUUUUGUCAGUAGUCACCAUAGCCGCGGUUUCGGAGGUGCCUGGUGGUAUAAAAUAUAGGAUUUCAAUGACGGAUUUGAUGUUCCUUACCAAAAAUGACAGUCCCAGCUCGUACCCAACCCUACACUUUGAACCCUGACCAGAUCAAGGCUUACAACGAUCAGGGCUUCAUUGUCAUUGAAGAUUUCUAUACUGCUGAAGAGCAUGCCUCGCUCGUUCAGUAUUGCAAUGACCUUCAAAACUGGGGAGAAGCCAAGGGAAAGUGGAUGCAAUACUAUGAGAAGAACACUAAGAGUGGAGACAAGCAACUCUGCCGUACUGAAAACUUCACACCUUUCCACGAAGGCUUGCGGGAAUACGUACGCAGCCAGCGUUUGAUGGAUGUGUUGAAGGUGCUUCACGGAGAGGAAUAUAUACUAUUCAAAGAGAAGGUCAAUUACAAGCUUCCUGGCGGAGGAGGCUUCCCUCCACAUCAAGAUGCUCCUGCAUUCGUUCAGUUCGGUCAGUCAUCACAUAUGACCGUCAUGUUCACCAUUGAUCCUACUACUGCUGAGAACGGAUGUCUUGAGGUCGUUCCUGGAUCCCAUAAGAAUGAUUUCGAGAGACGCAUCUUACCACAAGAGAAACACGAUGGUUCUAUUUCAAGAGAAUGGUGCAAUAAGGAAAACUGGAUACCAGUCUAUUGUAAACCUGGCUCAGUCUUGAUCUUUGGUGCCUACUUGGCUCACAGAUCUGGUGACAAUCUCACCGAUAAGUCUCGAGUUGCAGUCUAUUUGACCUACAACGCUGCUCGGGAAGGUGACAAGCGGGAUCAUUAUUAUGAUGAAAAGAGACGUCUAUUCCCUCCCGCCUCCGACAGAGAGGAAGGAAAGAACUAUGAUGAGGGCGCUGUUAUAUACAAUCUCGCAACGCCAAUUACGGAAUAGUGCACCCUUCGAGUAUUUUUUUAGUCUUAGUCAUUUAGAGAACAUUCAUCAAAGUAGUAUCGGC